CGGGUGAUGAGGGCGGGUGCCCCGGAAGUAAUACCGGCGAAAGCAUCUUUUCUUUUCUUCCCCGCCUGACCCUGGGUUCCUAGGUGAGCGCCGGCGGGUCCAGCUGGAGGAAAUCUACAGCUAAUCAUGCCAAAGAGAAAAGUGACUUUUCAGGGUGUUGGAGAGGAGGAGGAUGAAGAUGAAAUCAGUGUUCCCAAAAAGAAGCUGGGGGACCCUGUGGCUGGAGCAGGUGGUCCUGGGAGCCGCUUCAAAGGCAAACACUCUUUAGACAGUGAUGAGGAGGAUGAUGAUGAGGAGGGGUCCAGCAAAUACGAUAUCCUGGCCUCAGAGGAUGUAGAAGGUCAGGAAGCAGCUACUCUCCCCAGUGAGGGGGGUGUGAGGAUUACACCCUUCAACCUGCAGGAAGAGAUGGAGGAAGGCCACUUUGAUGCGGAUGGCAACUACUUCCUGAACCAGGAUGCGCAGAUCCGAGACAGCUGGCUGGACAACAUUGACUGGGUGAGGAUCAAGGAACGGCCACCUGAUAAGCAACAGGUCUCGGACUCAGAGGAAGAAGACAGCCUGGGUCAGACGCCAAUGAGUGCCCAGGCACUCCUGGAGGGACUUUUGGAGUUGUUAUUGCCAAGAGAGACAGUGGCUGGGGCUCUUAGGCGGCUGGGAGCCCGAGGAGGAGGCAAAGGGAACAGCAAGGGGACUGGGCGGCCCAAUUCCCCCCAGCGUCUAGACCGGCUGUCUGGGUUAGCUGAUCAGAUGGUAGCUCGAGGCAACCUUGGCGUAUACCAGGAAACAAGGGAACGGUUGGCUAUGCGACUGAAGGGUUUGGGGUGUCGGACCCAGGGAUCCCAUGACCCCACACCUCCACCCUCCCUGGACAUGUUUGCUGAGGAAGUGGCCGAGGGGGAGCUGGAAACCCCAACCCCAUCCCAUAAAGAAGAAGCAGAGGCAGCAGGAGAUGGUCUGAUGGAUGUGAUGUGGGAGUAUAAAUGGGAGAACACAGGGGAUGCUGAGCUGUACGGACCCUUCACCAGUGCCCAGAUGCAGUUUUGUCUUCUGUCUUUACAGACCUGGGUGAGCGAAGGUUACUUCCCAGAUGGCGUUUAUUGCCGGAAGCUGGACCCUCCAGGCGGCCAGUUCUACAAUUCCAAGCGCAUUGAUUUUGAUCUCUACACGUGAGCCCUCUAAGGGCCCAGUGUGGCAGCCCCUUCUUUCUUGGACUUGGCAGAGGAGGCCCCAGCUGCCCUGGACAGUGAGGAUAUUGGAGGCCACUCUAGAGCCAUUGUCUGUUUCUCAAUAAAAGUCUUGACUGUGCUGAUGGCCGAGCCAGGGCUUCUCCAUGGCUCCUUGUGGCUGCACCUGGUAGGUCCUUGAGGGUUUCCUCCCAAGAGACUUCUUCACAUGCUUCCCUCUGGUGUCUUGGACCACCUCAGUCUUGUUUCCCGCACUCGGAGGCAGGUAGGGCCCGCCAGGUGUCCUGUGACUUUCCUACUGAUACUUCUGCUUACUGUGCAAAAUCCCCUCUGUCACUCUUCCCCAGUGGUCCUUGCAAGCCCUUGUUCUACUGAUCUUUGACUUUCAGGACCUCAAAUUCUCUGUCCUGGCAGCUCCCUCAUAGCUGGAAUGUUGGGAAGAGUUUGAGAUCCUAUUGAGAGCAAGAGAGCUCUUAAACGUGUAUUCUCCUCUUCUCCAUAGUGAUUUUCCUACCCCUCACAAAGUGCAGUGUCUUACUGGAGGUCUCAGAGUGAAUUAGAGAGCCGGCCCAUGGAGCUAAUUCCCGACGUUGGCAUAGAAUUUGGUCUUUCAGGAAUUGUAGCAUACAUUUCCUGGGCUCCCAUCUCAGGCGUAGGGCUAGUGCCCUGAGGAAACAACUCUGGUCUGGUCCCCUCCCAGGAGUCCAGAGUGGAGGGCCAUGGAGGCAGACAGGGCCUGACAGUUUUCCCCAGUGCCGCUCUGUGCUCGCCUCUUGUCUACAAGAGGCACCUGGGCACCUUUGUCUGCAGGCAAAGCACGAUGCAGGCUUUGGGGUCAGGUAAGAGCUUGGGAAGGAGGGGCUCAGCUUAGGGUUGGCUGCAGGGAUUGAUGCAGAGACCUCCAAGUCUAACAGACCUGGUCCUGCCAGCCUAGAUUACAAUUGUUUUGACUUCAAGGAGUCCAUUAGUGGUAGGACAUCUGAUUUAGUGUGUCAGUCACUAAGACAGCAAAUCCUCCAGGUAUUGUAAGGUGUUGCUGGUUAAAGAGGAAGUGGCUUUCUGAGAUGCUUAGUAGUGAAAACCUGAUGUCUUGGGAUGAGUAAAAUCCAGUCCUGUGACCUGAGUGAUUGUUCACAAGUGUUUGGUGGCCUGAGUGAUUGUUCACAAGUGUUUGGUGGCCUGAGUGAUUGUUCACAAGUGUUUGGUGGCCUGAGCGAUUGUUCACAAGUGUUUGGUGGCCUGAGCGAUUGUUCACAAGUGUUUGGUGGCCUGAGCGAUUGUUCACAAGUGUUUGGUGGCCUGAGCGAUUGUUCACAAGUGUUUGGUGGCCUGAGCGAUUGUUCACAAGUGUUUGGUGGCCUGAGCGAUUGUUCACAAGUGUUUGGUGGCCUGAGUGAUUGUUCACAAGUGUUUGGUGAGAUAGACACCGCGGUAUCCUCCAGGUUCCUCCGACUUGGCAGAUCUAAAGUUAAUUUCAUUGGUUUCUGAGUGCACUUCUCUGAUAACACCAAGGCGCGUGCAGGCAGAAUGUUGAUCCCUGAAGAUACCCACAUCCUGAGUCCCAGACUGAAUAUGACUUAGUGCGUUAUGUGACAGAGGGAAAGGGGAUUGUACAGAAGUGACACUGAGGUGAGGUUUUGUUUUGUUUUUAAUUUUUUGAGAUGGGGUCUCACUAUGUAGACCUGCCUGGCCUGAAACUCACCAGAGAUUUGCAUCCCAAGUGUUGAGACUAAAGGCAUUGCGCCAUGUUGCUGAGCAAAACUGAGAAACUGGGAUUUGAUUAUUGGGGCCAUUGUAAUCAUGGGUCCUUAUGCUGGAAAGGAACGGACUCCUAACAAGAGCAGGGGACUCUGAAAGCUGGAAGAGAGGCAUGUGUGUCAGGGUGCAGGCGGCCUGGAGGAACCGGAAAAGCAGAAAACAGGUUCUGCCCAGACCGGUGCAGCCCCACAGCGAUAGCCCAGUGAAACCCACUCGAGACUUGUAUCCUCUAGAAUUGUAAGAUAAUAAAUUUGUGUCAAGCUGCUUUAA